CGGCGGCCCUUCUCCUCGCUCGAGCUCUCCGAGCCGACCCAAAAAGCCCUCGCAGAGAUGGGCUUCACGCACAUGACCCCCGUGCAAGAAAAAUCCAUCCCGCCGCUGCUCACCGGGCGCGACGUGCUCGGCGCCGCGCGCACCGGCUCGGGCAAGACGCUCGCGUUCCUCAUCCCCGCCGUCGAGCUCCUCCACCGACUGAAAUUCAAGCCGCGCAACGGGACGGGGGUUAUCAUCAUCUCGCCGACGAGGGAACUGGCGCUGCAGAUAUUUGGCGUGGCGAAGGAGCUCAUGGCGCAUCACUCGCAGACGUUUGGGAUUCUCAUGGGCGGGGCGAACCGGCGGGCAGAGGCGGAUAAGCUGAUGAAGGGGGUGAAUUUGCUGGUGGCGACGCCGGGGCGGUUGAUGGAUCAUCUUCAGGAUACGAAAGGUUUCGUCUUUCGGAAUCUGAAGUGUCUGGUUAUUGACGAGGCGGACCGGAUACUGGAGGUCGGUUUCGAGGAGCAGAUGAAGAGGAUCAUCUCGAUUUUACCCAGUGAGGAGAGACAGACUAUGCUAUUCUCCGCCACCCAGACGACGAAAGUGACUGACCUGGCUCGAAUAUCACUGCGCCCCGGUCCCCUCUUGAUCGACGUGGACAGGGAAGAAGCUACAAGUACCGUAUCUACCCUCUCACAAGGCUAUGUCGUAUGCCCGUCGGAUCGGCGGUUCCUCCUCCUGUUCACUUUCCUCAAGAAAAAUAUGAAGAAGAAAAUCAUCGUUUUCUUCUCAAGUUGUAAUUCUGUCAAGUACCAUGCGGAGUUACUGAACUACAUAGAUGUUCCCGUCCUUGAUCUGCACGGAAAACAAAAGCAGCAGAAACGAACAAACACCUUCUUCGAGUUCUGCAACGCAGAGAGCGGCACUCUGUUAUGCACAGACGUCGCAGCUCGUGGGCUCGAUAUUCCCCGCGUAGACUGGAUCAUCCAGUUCGACCCGCCAGACGACCCGCGUGACUACAUCCACCGUGUCGGACGGACAGCGCGCGCCGGGAAAGUGGGGAAGAGUCUGCUGUUCUUGCUGGAGAGCGAGCUUGGUUUCUUGCGCUACUUGAAGGAGGCGAAAGUGCCGCUGAACGAGUUUAGCUUCCCAGCGAACAAGAUCGCUAAUGUCCAGAGCCAGCUGGAGAAGCUCCUGCAGAAGAACUACUUCCUGCACCAGUCCGCAAAGGACGGGUUCCGGUCAUACCUCCAGGCAUACGCCUCGUAUUCCCUGAAGAAGAUAUUCGACGUCAACCAGCUCGACCUUGUCAAAGUCGGGAAGGCAUUCGGGUUUGCAGUGCCGCCACGCGUGAACCUGAAUAUCCCCGGCUCGGGGAAGAGCAGCGCAGAUAAAUCUGGGCUGAAGCGGAAGCGGAAAGUGAGCGGCGACGACGACGAGGAGAAUGAGGAGGAGUGGGAGCCGAUAGGAGAGGAUGGGGGCGUGGACGGGGACGACGGGGAAGAGGAGGAGACUGGGAGACGGCAGGCGCGGAGAAGUGGGAAGGACCGCAGGAUAGAGACGCUGGGGAAGCGGAAGGUGCAGAAGGAGGUGUACAAGAAGUCUAUGGGGCGGAAUAAGGGCCCCGGGGGCGCACAAUGGACUCGGUGACCCCGGCUGUAUGUUGUGUAUUUACUGCAUUUCUGUAUUUUUUUUUGUUGGAUUUUACGCGCUGUCCC